UCGGAAAAUUGACGUGAGGGGAGAGGCAGAGUGGCUGCUUUACGGCUGCUGGGCAACUGCUGCUCGGCUGGAAAGCGUCCUCACGUGCUGUCGCGAAAAGGCCGGGUGGGAGUCGCUGGAGGCCCUUCGGGGGCCGCGGCAGGCUCAGGGGCGUGGCGAGGGCCUGAAGGAGGCCGGGCUGGCGAGGCCGAGCUCCCAGCACGCCAGCCCGACAGCUCCGGGACCCUGCCCGGCCUGGCCUUGGAGCCCCUGGGGUGGGCCACCUCUCCUGCCUCCGUCCCUGUCCUUUCAGUGAAAUGCAGGUGCACCUGCGUCCCUCCUCCAGCAUGGUUUCGAAGAGCAAUGAACGAAUGCUUUGGAAGCCGUAGGUUCAUUGUUACCAAAGACUUCUCUGCCACUGAUGUUUAGACAAAGGUCAUUGAAAUGAGUCUUCAGGAGCUGGUCCAUCAGGUAGCCUCCAUUUACCUGGACAAAACAGCUGUAUGUUUUGAUGAAUGCAGCAGCCAACCUCCAGUGUAUUAUACCUACAAGACUGUGCUUAGUGUGGCUGCAGAAUUAUCCAAUUUUUUGCUAUCACACUGUGACUUUCCAGGACUUCGGGAGAUUGGUCUCUACUGUCAACCUGGGAUAAACUUACCCUCCUGGAUUUUAGGAAUUCUCCAAGUCCCUGCUGCUUAUGCUCCAAUUGAUCCAGACUCGCCACCAUCAUUAUCAACUCACUUUAUGAAAAAAUGCAACCUAAAGUAUGUUCUUGUUGAAAAGAAACAGGUUAAUAAAUUCAGAUCUUCCCAUGAAACAUUUUUGAAGUAUGAGAUGAUUACAGUGGAACAUAAGGACCUGAUGCUCUUCAGACUACAUUGGGAAGAUGCUGAGGUGAACUUGAUGCUAAGUGAUGGAAAAGAGAACUAUGAGAAAGAAAAUAGAAAAAGCACAAGUUCUGAGAACAGCAGUGAAGAAAGCCAACACAUGGAUGUGAGGCUACCGAGUUGCUUAGCCUAUGUCCUGCACACGUCAGGGACCACAGGGACACCGAAGGUUGUCAGAGUGCCUCAUGCAUGUAUCCUGCCAAAUGUCCAGCAUUUUCGGGUGCUUUUUGACAUCACCCAAGAAGAUGUUUUGUUUCUGGCUUCGCCUCUGACCUUCGAUCCAUCUGUUGUGGAAAUAUUUGUUGCUCUUUCAAGUGGAGCCUGUCUGCUUAUUGUGCCAGCUUCUGUCAAAAUGCUCCCAUCGAGAUUAGCUGCUGUUCUCUUUGCCCAUCACAGAGUGACUGUUUUGCAGGUAACACCAACACUGCUGAGAAGAUUUGGAUCUGGGCUCAUCAAGUCAACUGUUUUAUCAACCAGUACCUCCCUGAGGGUGCUGGCGCUUGGUGGUGAAGCCUUUCCCUCACUGAACACUCUCAGAAGCUGGAGAGGGGAAGGCAACAAAACACAGAUAUUUAACAUUUAUGGCAUCACAGAGGUGUCGAGUUGGGCAACGUUUUACAGAAUUCCAGAGGAGAUUCUUAACUCUACUUUGAAACACGAAUUGCCUAUACAGCUGGGAUCGCCAAUAUUUGGAACAGUAGUCGAAGUCAGAGAUGCAGAUGGUUUCCCAGUUCACGAAGGCACUGGCCAAGUAUUUUUAGGUGGGAAAAACAGAGUGUGUUUUCUUGAUAAUGAAAUGACAGUACGUCUUGGCACCAUGAGAGCCACAGGAGACUUUGUGACUGUGAAAGAUGGAGAAAUAUUUUUCCUGGGACGAAAAGAUAGCCAGAUCAAACGUCAUGGCAAACGUCUUAACACUGAACUUAUACAACAGGUUGCUGAAGAACUUCAACAAGUGGAAUCCUGUGCAGUUAUGUGGUAUAAUCAGGAAAAAUUAAUUCUCUUCAUAGUAUCCAGAGAUGAUUUAAUAAAGGAUUGCGUUUUAAAAGAAUUGCAGAAACAUCUUCCAAAUCAUGCCAUCCCUGAUGAAAUUGUGUUGAUUAAUACUCUACCAUUUACAUCUCAUGGCAAAAUAAAUUUUUCUGAGUUAAACAAGAUAUAUUUAGAAUACCUAAACUCACAGCCUAAGAAUAAACUCUGUGGAAAAGAGGAACUUUGGGAAAAAUUACAGUAUUUAUGGAAGUCUGUUUUGAGUCUCCCAGAAGAUGCCUUGAAGGUUCCAGAUGAAUCACUCUUCUUAAAUAGUGGUGGAGAUUCCUUGAAGUCCACAUGGCUCUUCAAUGAGAUUGAAAAGCUUACUGGUUCAUCCAUACCUGGGCUUCUGGAAAUUAUUCUCAGCAGUUCCAUCCGAGAGGUUUACAACCACAUCAUUCAAAGUGUGUUUACAGAUGAAGACCUGAAAAUCAACCAGAGUUAUGCCACAAAAAGGAAAUUCAGUGACAUUAAUCAAGAUAAAACCAUUGGAAAACUUUCCCAUCAGAAGUCUGCCUUGCCUUUAAGUUAUGACAGUGAAACAAAUGCUUUUAUUGCACUGAGCAGAGGGAGUCAAAUCUUGUUACAGACUAACACUCAGAAUUGGAAAAGCUUAGAUCCUCCAGUUCUUACUGAAAAGUUGAAAGACACACAGGUUUCUCAGGAGGGGAAACCUGUGGUAAAGACUGAGAAGAUGGUGUUGCGUGUGAGGUGGACAUCAGACACAGGCAAGUGUGUUGACGCUUCCCCUCUGGUGGUGAUACCAGCUGCUGAUAAGUCAUCCACAACUGUGUAUAUUGGCUCCCACUCUCAUAGAGUGGAGGCAAUUGACCUUUACUCAGGAAAGAUGAAAUGGGAACAGCUUUUAGGAGAUCGAAUUGAAUCUUCAGCAUGUGUAUCUAAGUGUGGAAACUUUAUUGUAGUGGGCUGUUAUAAUGGAGUAGUUUAUGUUCUAAAAAGUAACACUGGAGAAAAAUAUUGGAUGUUUACUACUGAAGAUGCUGUCAAAAGCUCACCAACAAUGGAUCCAACCACAGGACUCCUUUACAUUGGAUCUCAUGAUCAGCAUGCAUAUGCUCUAGAUAUUUAUGCGAAGAGGUGUAUCUGGAAGUUAACGUGUGGAGGCGCUGUGUUUUCCUCUCCGUGUUUAAGCCUGACUCCCCACCAUUUGUACUGUGCUACACUGGGAGGACUUUUAAUGGCUGUAGAUCCUGCUACUGGGAGCAUAAUGUGGAAACACUCCUGUGGGAAGCCACUCUUCUCUUCCCCACAGUGUUGCCAACAGUAUAUUUGCAUUGGCUGUGUAGAUGGCAAUUUACUCUGCUUUACUCACUUGGGAGAGCAGGUUUGGCAGUUCUCUGCUGGUGGACCAAUCUUCUCAUCCCCGUGUAUCUCCUCAUCACAAGAAAUAUUUUUUGGUUCCCAUGAUUGCUUUAUCUACUGUUGUAGCAUGAAAGGUCAGCUCCAGUGGAAAUUUGAAACUACAUCAAGGGUAUAUGCAACGCCUUUUGCUUUCCAGCACCACAGUUCCAACAGUGAGACACUGCUGGCAGCGGCAUCUACGGAUGGGAAGCUGUGGAUCUUGGAGUCUCAAACUGGACAGCUGCGAAGUGUGCAUGAACUUCCUGGAGAAGUCUUCUCUUCUCCUGUGGUCUGGGAAUCAAUGCUUAUAAUUGGGUGCAGAAAUAAUUAUAUUUACUGUCUGGAUUUAUUGGGUGGCAAUAAAAAAUAAGUGUAGUCUCUAUAAGUAUAUAUUUGAGAGAUGGUUGGAAAUAUGUUAUCAUAGAUGUGGAUAGUUUUAUAUUAAAGAUUUAUAUUUUGGUUAAGAAAUUUGUCUACUAUAUUUUAUAGAGAACAAAUGUAUUUUACUUCCUGUGGGAGCAGCAAAAGCUUUUAGGAGGAGAGGACAAAAUAUCUCAAUAUAUUUAUUAGCUCCUUUUUUAUUUUUGUUUUUGAGAUAGGGUCUC